CACACAUACAUGGAGAGAUUCUUUCCAUGCCAACUGUGCAAAGCAUCACUCUGAUCAUGUUGGGUAAUCAUACAGUGGACUGAGCAUUUAGAUUCUUAACUCAGAAAAGAGGGAAAGGAUUAUUGAAGAUAAGAACAGGAAGCAAAAGCAAAGCACAAGAAUGUGAUUCUUGUCAAUUUAAACAGAGUGGAGCGAUGGGUGCAAAAAUAACCAUCCACUUCAUGUUUUGUUUUGUUUUUGUUUUUUAAUCAAGCAUGGAGAAAAUCAUGAUGAUGGUCUCUGGAUUUGUCAUGAAGGAUCUAUCUUCUUCAGUUCCCCAUGCAGAGUUAUUGGGAGUGCUGGUCAUCAUCACUUCCAUCUCCAUUGUUCUUGCCUACCAUUAUUGCACCACAAAACCCAGAAGGUGCCUACACCCUGAGAAAUUUCAGGAGUUCAAGCUGGUUAAGAAAACAGCAGUGAACCACAAUGUUGCCAGAUUCCGAUUUGCUCUUCCUACCCCGAAAUCCGUCUUGGGUCUUCCUGUUGGGAAUCACAUCAUUUGCAGGGGAAGGGAUGCUGAAGGUCAAGAAGUUACUAAGCCAUACACCCCAAUCACUCUGGAUUCAGAUUUCGGCUACUUUGAACUUGUAGUGAAAAUGUACCCACAUGGAAGGAUGUCUCACCAUUUCAGGGAAAUGCAUGAAGGCGACUAUAUGGCAGUGAAGGGACCUACGGGUCGUUUCACCUACAAACCGGGCCAAGUUAGAGCUUUGGGGAUGAUUGCUGGAGGAUCUGGCAUUACCCCUAUGUUCCAGGUGACUCGGGCCAUAUUAGAGAACCCGAAAGACAAAACAAAUCUGUCUCUUAUCUAUGCCAACACAACAUUUCAGGACAUCCUGUUGAAGGAAGAACUGGAUGGUUUUGCUAGGAAAUUUCCCAGUCGUUUCAAUGUGUACUAUGUGCUGAGUCAGCCACCGGCUGAGGGAUGGAGCGGCGGUGUUGGUCGCAUAACCAAGGAUAUGAUACGAAAUCAUUGCCCAGCUCCAGCUUCUGACAUUCAGGUCCUAAGGUGUGGGCCAUCAGGGAUGAACAAGGCAAUGGCUGCUCAUCUGAAUGAGCUUGGAUACACAGCAGAUAUGCAGUUUAAGUUCUAGAACUGAUUUCUUAUUUUCUCAGUGCUAUGUAUACAAAAUCAUUUCAUUCUAUUCAGCUUACAGAAUAACACAUUUGAAUAUCUUCAAAAAAUUCACUGGGCGUCAAAUGCUAACAUUGUGCAUGGUAAAAGGUUGCUCUGAGUAUGAGCUUUGAAGAGUGGAAGUGUUUCUGUUUCCUUGUUAAUGGGGAGCAGACAUUGGCUUACGUGCACAUAAGUUUCUCAUAUGAUAUUCCGGUCACUGAUCUGGCAGAGCAUUCUGGAGAUGGCUACCAUAUCCCGAUAAUUCAGAUGGUUACAAUAAUUACAACUAGGCAGAACACAAACUCACUACCUCUUCAGUUAUGGACUUCCAUUUCUACAAAAAUGCUAGAAUAUCUGCUGCAAUGUGGAAGUGUCUCCAGAUGCAUGGACUGAAUGACAAAGCUGCCAAUCUAUGUAACGGUGGUUAACCACUGGUGGCUCCAGCAUUGUGGAAGAGGCUUUAAUUCGAAUGCCAUGGGAAAACUCUUAGAUUUUCACGUACAAGUCCCAUCUCCUGAAUGGCUGGCCAUUCCAAUCCCGGAUGACCAGUGUUGUCAGUUGACAACACUCCACAUCUCUUCAAAUCAACAAGAUUCAACCAAGUUAGGCCAAAGAGAAAAUCGAAACACUAACGGAUGCAUAAGCAACAACCACAUUAGCAACGUUAGUUUGUUUUGAAGUUAUGACAUCAAAGAAUGCACAACAUAUGAGAUCAUACCCACAUAAAUUAGGUCAGCGAAAUUGAUCACCUAAAUCAGAGAAUAUCAUACAACUGACUCCUCAUAACAGAAAAAGAGAGGAAGCCAAAAGCAAGAGUAUCAAGGUGUUUAGUAGAAACUAGUAAGGUAUGCUACCUGCAAGAUUCUUUAUGCUGUUAAAUUUUCCUCGCUUUCCUGCUUCCUGUUUUUCCCCUGCCUUUUCCUACAGCAAAUGGAAGAACUGAUUAGUAAACAACAUGCCACAAAAUCAAAGAUCCAUAACCAAAAGGAAGAGCUAAAUUCACCAAAGGAAGACCAUGAUCACAGAAAUAAUAGACACGUACACGACAUGGCUAAGUAUGGCACCACCAGUAUACUAGUUUAUGACUACUUUCACUGCUAAAAUAAUGUUCAUGGGUCCAUUAGAAACUCCCUAUCAUAUCCAUAACGGCAAACAUUCCAGUCAAUGUUCCUCGGAUGUUUUCGUAACAUAUGACAACUUAACACCGAGAGAAGUUCCACACAACUAACUGGACGCAGAUCAAUAACCACUAUCAGCAUAGUAUAAUAUGUAACUCAUUUAACUUCCGGUUCACCCCUUUCUCCUCACUGCUUGGUCUCCCUAACCACAUACAAAAGCCUGACCUGAGAAACAAAUAGUUGACUGCCCAAAAACGACCAGAUCAGAAAAUAAUAGCCUAUGAACAAAACAGGAAUCAACUC